GCUCUCACAUUUUAUUUAGGGAUAUUGAUUUACGAUUACUUGGAUUUUUAGGUUUUAAUUUAGUGCUUGGGUUUCAAGAAUGAGUUGGGUCUAUUUAGACAUCCGCAUGUAAAAUCGAUUUGCAUGUUUCAUGGACCUAAAAAUCGUUUUGUAUGUUUAGGGUUUCAAGAAUUCAUGAGGUAAUGAUGUACAAAAUAGUUACAAAAUAACUCAAUAAGUAGCCUAUUUUUUUGGGUCUCUCUUUGAUUUUCAUUCCUCUGAUGAUUUUUUCAGUCAUAUUAAAUUCUUAGGACAUUGUAUUUACUAGAUUAAGAUUAAGAAUCCAUGUUAACCAACUGGACAAUUUUUUUAAAACUUAAGGAGGUGAAAUAAAAUUUUUAAUUAAAGGAGAUGAAGUGAGGCCCCUGCAAAUGGCUCUCAAUUAGUUUACAAAACAUUGUUCUAUAAGUGGUAAACUGAAUGUACUCCCUUUAUUCCAUUAUAGUCACAGUUUACGAAGUGGACAACUAUAAUAGUACGAGGGAGUAAUAGUUUCGAGUAUAUGAAAAUAUUGAGUUGACUGUUGAGACCAUCAUGUUGACGUGUGAAUAUAUUAUAUACAUAGUCUGUCUAUGGUGAAUGAGUGUAUUGGCAAACAUAACAUUGUCUUGAUGGCUUUUAACUCCCAAGGCCGAGGUCAAGGUUUCAGGUCAAGUAGAGAGGAUAAAUAAUAAUAAUAAUAAUAAUAAAAAGAAAUAUCGUGUAUGUGUUGGUUUCCAAAAGAAAAUGCGGUGCAUGCCUGAUGUGCAUGAUUGUAAACCAUGGAUAGGAAAAAUUAUAUCAACCUUGUGCUAUAACCCACCAAUUGGAACAUUCUACUAAAAUGCGUCCCGCGUUCUAAAGGAAGUGAAUCAGUGGACAACGUUGAAAUGAUUGCUUUGUUGUAUCACCUAGGAUAUAUAAUUGUUGUAGUUGAUACCCACUCGAUGGGAAAAUAACUUAGAGAACUUAUAAUAGGAGUCUUUUUCAUCUAUAUGUUUUAAAUGUCACGUCGCCAUGGCCUGAUGUCUGUCCGGAGUGAGAAAUUGGCCCUUAUAGAGAGGAAUGAGGACCUUAUAUUUGCAUUUCUGUCAAGGAACCAAGUUGUCUCUUAUUUUGCGGAGUAUCUGUUUGCUUUCUAUAUUGAAAGAAAAUUUACUCGAUAACUCUUCUCCUUUUAGUUGCAAUGAUUAAUAGUCACAUGUUUUCAAUGUCUCUUCAACAGUUCCAAUUUUGUAGGUUUCAUUCAAUUCUGAUUCUCAACCACAAUCUGUCAUUGACUCCUUUUGAAUACAAUCCCAUAAUUCAUUGUUCGGCUUAAACCUGUUAAAGUUUAUAAGGCUUGUCAACUGCUGCAUAUUGUAUUCUAAAUUCAUGGGCCUGACAAGAUCCAUCUGGUUUUAGUAGGUUUUGGAUUAGAUAAUGUAAUUAUUUUUACAAUUAUCAUAUCUUACUGAAAAAACUUCCAGUUUUAGUUCCAAAAUAAUGGUGUGACUUACUGAAACGUUGAUGCUGGUGAGCUCAUGGCUUUCCAAUUACCAUACUUGCAACUGUAUGUCUGUCCCACUGCAAACCUUCCAAGGCUUCCAAAAGCUUUGAUUUUGUGUGUGAUGAUAUUUGAGGAGCAGAGCCACUAGCAGAUUCUAGUAUACACCGCAGCCACUUCUCGCUAUCAUAACCUUCAGCUUGUACAAUUAGAACCUUUCCUCCAUGAAAAAUUAUUGCUGAAGGAGUAGACUCCAUUCCCUACCUCUGUGGACGUUGAAUGUAAGUCGGUCUGAAAAUUACCAAAAAAUUAGUAUGCUUAAAAGUUUAACCACAAGGGAAGACAUGAAGCCCCAGAGAAUUGGCCUUGUUUCUCACUUCUAAGACAUGAAGCACCAGAGAAUUGGCCUUGUUUCUCACUUCUACCAUUCCUGCAGUACUUUGUGAUUUCUUCUUUCCCAGAUGAAAAGAAUAACACUGUUUCUCAAUCCUUUUACUUGUCAUGUGAAUGCUUAUUGUAUACUAAAUGUAGUGUGGGCCUUAGUUUCCAACAUAAAUAAAUAAAUAAAUGUAGUGCAUGCCUUCAUUUGAUUUGUAACACAAUUUUAUCUAGUUUUCAACACUCUUAAUCUGAAAUUAAACCCUAGUUAAAAUCUGAUUUUUAACAAUCUUAAUCUAAUUUUCAACACUCAAUCUGCUUUUCAAUACCAUUUUAUCUAAUUUUCAAUAGUCUUAACCUGAUUUUCAACACUCUAAUAUGAGGUUCAACACCUCUCAACACUGUUUUAUGUAAUUUUCAACACUCUUAACCUGAUAUUCAACACUCUAAUAUGAUGUUCAACUCCCUAAAACCUGAUUUUCAACAUUCUUCUAAUUUUCAACACUCUUAAUUUGAUUUUGAACACCAUUUUUAUUUAAUCUUCAACACUCUGAACAUGAAUGAAAUCAUAUAUAUAUAUAUAUAUAUAUAUAUAUAUAUAGUAUGUAAAAUAUCUCUUAAAAUAUUAUUAGCCUUACAUUAACAUACAUAUAAUGUAUGCCUGUACCAUUAACAAUAUCUUAUUGCGUAAACACACUUAUUAUUUGUAAUUCAGCACAUUCGACUAGUUAUUUUCAGAAUUCAACACACUCAAUCUAUCUUAGCAGUUAUCCAUGCAUUAUUUCUGAACUUUAGCACAUAUUAUUAUUUUUAAAAUUACUCUUGACUUCUCCUGUUAGACGCUUAUCAUUAACACCGAUAAUGUAAAAUGUGCAAUUACUAAUUUGUUCACGUUAAUAUUUCAAUAUAAAAUUACAUAAAGAUUUAAAUUUACGAAAAAAUCCUGGCAUAACAAUCGAUACAAUCUUAUUGCAUUCGAUGGAUAUCUUGGACAGCUAGAGAGAGAGGAAGUGGACUAUUGUCUUUCAUUUCUGUUCAACACAUUUUUUAGAGAGAGGAUUUCGGUCUAUCUCUUCAACACACCUAUAGAUAGUUUGAUAGAGGAAGUGGAGGACAAGGGUUUCAGUUCUCCAUUUUCAUUGCUCUUCAACACAAAAGAGAGAGAAAUAAAGUGACGAAAUGGUAAGAAAGACUAAAUUAAACACCUUCUUUGUUAUGUUCUUCAGUGCCUAGGAGGAGCUUUGUUUGUGAGAAAUUAAUGUUGUUGUGUAUCCUAUAUUUCUCUAUUUAAUCAAAAUUCAAUUUAUCUACGAAAUUUUUUUGUGUGUGUUCACAACUUCAGUGUUAUGUAUUAUUCUUGUAAGUAUGUAUAAAGUAAUUCUUCCUAUAAAUUUUGAAUAUCUGUCAUUUGUAUUACAUGUACAUGAGUUUUCUAAUUUACAAAGUGGUUCCACAUUCAAAAUUCUCCAACAUGUGGUGUCCGUCAAAAGUACUAUGUGGGGCUAUUUUUAUAUAUACAAAGGGCAGUGACAUGUAACUUCUAUCUUAAGCUGAAUUAGCAGAGAAGAAAGAGCCCAAGUGAUUGAAGCAAGAAGACCAACCAUCUGCAUCAUAACCAUGACUUCAAUCUCAAAACAUGAGGGAUCUUCAAAUGAAGUGAAAAAAGUUAACAAGGGAGAUAUGAUAAGCAGCUUGCCAGAUUGCCUUCUUGUUCACAUUCUCUCUUUCCUUCCAACAAAAUACGCAGUCGGAACCAGCAUACUCUCAUCAAGAUGGAAGCACCUCUGGGCUUCUGUUCCCACCCUAGACUUUGAUGUCAACUUGAGAUUUAAACCUGUUCAAUCAUUCUUAGCGAGUUCUUCCAACUUCAUGAACUUUGUUGAUCGAGUACUUCUCCAUCAUGAUUUGUCCUGCAUUCAAAAGUUCUGUCUAUGCACUCACUCUAUUGACACAUACAUUGGUGAAUCAAGAAUAUAUACAUGGAUAAGUGAAGCCAUAGAACGUGGUGUUCAAGAACUUGACAUCGAGUUUGACCAAGACACAUACGAUAUUAACUUACCUUUAAACCUCUUCACUUGCCCAACAUUGGUAAGCUUAGAACUAAGAGACCGUAUAUCUUUCAAUGUUCCUCGUUCUGUCCAUUUUGAAAGUCUCAAGGUCCUCCAUGUUUCAAUCAGUUAUCCGGACAAUGACUUGACACAAUAUCUUUUCUGUAAUUGUCCUGUUCUUGAGGACCUGCUCAUCGAAGGAGAAGUUGAGAGUAAUGAAGAACUCCUAUUUGAUGUCUCCACUCCAUCCCUGACGAGGUUUGAGUUAGAUUUGGAGGCAAAUAUUUCGGAUGAUUGUGCGAACAAAAUUGUGGUCAAUGCACCAAUUCUGGAAUAUCUUACACUCGAAGAUGAUUACUUGCCUUGCUAUGUGUUAGAGAACCUGAACUCGUUGGUUAUAGCAAUAGUUCAUGUUGGAGAUUGUUGUAUAAAAACCAAGGCAACCAAACAACAUGCUGAUCGUGUACUUGCGAUUCUUAGGGGAAUUAUAGGAUAUAUAUUUUGGUGUGUGUAUAUAUAUAUAUAUAUGACAUGAGAACCACCAAACUUUGUAUUCAGUGUAUCUCCUGAACUUUUUAGGGUUGUAAGGUUUAAGAAUUCGACGUCACAGAAAAAAUUUAGCACAAAUUUUGAACUAAACUUUCUUCAAUUCCAGAUUCAAGGCAUC